AUGGCUACAAUCACACCCGAAGACCCUUACCGUGGCCCGCGCCAUCAAGGCGAAUACGACCGGCUUCGCACCCAACACAGUCUCGUCAAGACUGCUAUGCAUGGGAAACUUCUUUAUUCCCCCGUGGACUUUAAUCAGCCUGAUCUUCGAAUCCUCGAUUCCGCCACCGCCGAAGGAACCUGGCUGAUCGACCUGGCCCAAUCCACGUCUUCGACAGCAACACUCAUCGGCACUGAUGUUGCACCUCAGCAUUUCACACCUCCCGAUCGAAGACCCUCAAAUGUGCAUUUAACAACCCAUUCAAUCCUCGAUAUUUGGCCGGAAGACUUCCAAAACAGCUUUGAUGUGGUGCAUCAAAGAUUCGUACUAACAGUUUGCUCCGAUCAGGCCGCCCAAGAUGCGGUCAGAAACCUCUUCGCCUGCGUAAAGCCGGGUGGUUGGAUAGAACUGCAUGAGGGGAAUAUGCUCACCAUUCAGGAGGGACCUAACCAUCCGGCGUUUAUGCAGUUCCGAGACAUAAUGGUGAAAGCAUGGGCGGCUAUCGGGAACCAGCCGAGCCCUGGGAACUUUCUGGUACCGUGGUUGAAGGAAGUCGGUGCUGUUGAUGUGCAAGAAGAGAUUCAGACCAUAGAGGUUGGAGCUGCGGCGAAGGAUAAAGACCAAGGGGAAAGGGCUGUGGUUGUAUUGCUUCACCUUUUGGACGGGAUGAAGAUGAUGCUAGGUGAUAAGCCAGGCCAACCAACGAAAGCGGAAUUUGAUGAGCUUCAAGUGCAGUUGGAGGAGGAGCUUCGGACUGUAGGAAAUACCUACUGUUAUCAUUUGGCUUGGGGGAGGAAGUCCUCCGAGCCUUGA